UUGAUGGGAAAAAAAGCAACUAGGGAAGAUUGGAAUUCGCAGAAGAGGCAUUUUUGGCUUAACCUGGGAGAGGCAAGAAUCAGCAGAAGAGAAGUUUCAUUACAAAACUAGAUAUGGAAGGUGCCAUUAAAACAGUUGUCAUGCAGUACCUGUCUUCAGCACGGGGGAAGGAGAAUCUGGGUGGAAAGAACUUCCAGAAGUUAGUCCAGGGUCAGCUGGGAAACAUCCUGAGUGACACUGAAAGCUCUUCAGCAGUGAAGGAAAUGAUGAAUGGACUGGAUGACAACCAGGAUGGGAAGGUCAGUUUCCAGGAGUACCUGACGCUGGUGGGCUACGUAGCCAACUCACUGAGCGAGCAGAAGGCCAGCAGACAAGAAGACAAGCACUGAUGACUUCUGUAAUGAUCAUUUGUGAAGCUGGAUUCUUAAACCAAGUACUCAUGGUAAAUAAUAGACCAUUUUCUAGACAAGCAAAAAUAUUGGCUUCUUUUAAGAAAUAAUAUGCCAAAAUUAAGUGAGUUGUUCCUGAAAACAAGCAAAAUAAUCUGCCAAUGGGGUAAACAAACAAAUCUUAUGUCAAAACGGAAAAACAAGAUUGUUUUGCUUACCCCAUAGGCAGAUUAUUUUGCUUCUUUUAAGAAAAAAUAGCAUAUUAUUUAUCUUUUUAUGAUUAAAUUUUUUUAAUUUUCUUCAAUAAUUUACAGUACAAGCAGUUUACACAUUUUUACAUCCUUUUAACACCCAUUUUCCCCUCCCCUCGCCAAUAGUGGCAGUUACAGUAAUUAGAUAUUGCUAUCAAAAAUCCAGUAAACACAGAUAAAUAAUAUAAACUCAAUAAAAAAUAGAGCACACAUACAGAAAAUAAUAAUAGAAAAAAUAAAUGAAUAAAAAACAACAGUGCUAUGAUAAUAAUGCCUAAACAAAUUAAAUAAGAUAAUAACACUUUUACCAUGCGUCUCACCACAGUGACCUUAUUCAUCCUCCAAAAAUGCCAAGUAAUUUCCCCAUCUUCUCCCAUAAACAUCCAAUUUAUCAAAUAAUAUUAUAUUUUUUAUAUGCUGCCAACUUCAAUAACCCAUUCUUGAAAUGAUGGUGGACCUGCUGAACGCCAUUCCCUCAUAAUGAUUUGUCUUUCAAUCAUAAUACUUAUUUGCAUCCACUCAGACAUCCUCAACAUGAACGGGUCUCCCAGUACAUACUGUAUAUUCCAGGACAAGAUAGAAAGCAGCAACCAGAAACAUCCUGAAUGUAAUUGUGCACUUUAACCCAGAAUUCCUGUAUUUUAAAACAGGACUACAGGACAUGCAUCAAGCCUCCUUCUUCACUUCCACAUCUCCGGCAUUCAGUCCUUCAACCCAAGCCUGAAAAGCCUACUCAGAGUCCAAUAAAAACUUUCAGUAUAUUUUUUCUGAAAACAAGACCAUAUUUUUUGCUUGUCUAGAAAAUGCUUCUUGAUUUAAGAUAAUUUUAGAUAUUUGGACUAAAACCAUUCUAAAAAAUCCAAGUAAGAAAAGCCAUUUUUUACCUUAAAAACAUAUGGUUUCUUCAGUUAUGCUCUUUGUGAGUUUGCCGUCUGACAACUAGCCUGUAGUCUCCAGUGAAAUAUAUAAUCUUGCAAUUAAACUACAAUGAUCUGAUACACUUCUCUGAUAUUACAAUGGAAAUCCAAUACGGUUUACACAUAUUAACAUUUUACAAGUACAAACAGUGCCAAGUACAAGUGCUAAAUCUCAUUUGGGUUUUUUUUUUUUUUGUACAUUUUUAUCCUGUUGUCUGAAUUCCAUGUAACAGUUUUCCAUUUCAAGGCUCAUUUGUGUUUUUAUUAGGAACAAAAUAUGCUUGAUUAGUGCUAGCUUAGAUACUAAACAACAAUGCAUGAGCAAUGAAUGUAAGCCAUCAAAUACACUACAAAACAACUGACAAUAUACUCAAUGUACUACGCUUCUGAUUUGUCCAGUCAAAAGAACGAUGAGGUAAAAUCGAAAAUGUUACACUACUGGAGAAAUGUUUUUGUAUGACCUUUCAAUAAAAAGAUGAGAGUAAUGAAAAA